AUGACUAUAGAUCAACGAUAUAACUUGAAUGUGCCUUCUGACGGACCCAGGGUCCAUCAACAUUAUAUGAUGAAUUCUUUGAAGCUAUUUGAUGCUAAAGUGUCAAUAAAUCAUUGGCAACUACGAAAUUGCAUAACUGCUGAUACUUUGAACCCUGGAUCGGUGUACUACAUAUUUGAUCAUUCAAUAAGGUCUUUAGAUACCAGAACUCUCUCAGGAGAUGCAGGAGUAAGGAAAAGGCGGUAUUCUACGUCAGUAGGUCGAGUACCGUAUACCAAUGAUUUUCAUGCGGCAACCAAUAGAGUAGCAGAAUUUCCCUUUAAGCCAAGGUCCUUCAAUGAGAAAAAUGGAUUGAUAGUUUGUGGUGGACAUAUUGGGAAUGAUGACAACGGGUACAUUCCUUCCCGGCCUAUGGGUAAUUAUGAACAAGGGUUCAUAUCCCCGGAAGAAAGAUCAAUGGAUGUAAACUGUGUGAAAAUAGCAACCUCUAAUAUUCUUUCGGAUCACACUGCUUACAGCAACACCAGACAAUGGAAAGGGAUAAUUUCCCUCUAUAACAAAAAGACAAAUAUUUCGAUGACCAGCAAGUUGGGUCAGUACAUUAAUAAUUGCGUGGAAUUAUAUGAAUCUUCCAAUAACCAAUUUGAUCUUUACACUUGCAAUAAUGACGGGCAUUUAUAUCAAUGUGAAAUUAAUAAUAGUGAUUUUGUCUUGAAACGGAGAUUUGCUGAUCUUAAAUUUGCAUUGAAUAACACGGCUAUAUCACAUGAUGGUAAAACUAUGUGCGUGACAGGAGACUCUAAUAAAAUAGCCUUGUACAAAAAGAACGAAUUGACUGAUGUUUUCAGUCUAAGCUAUGAUACAUUAUCAGGUGGGGCGACUGAUGGGAGCGGCUCAAGUACAACUUAUACUCAUAAAAGGAUACCAAGGUAUGCAUUACCGGAUAACUCAUCCUACGUUGACCAUAUAUAUGAGCUUCCUGGCGCGGAUAACGGGUUUUUCACUAGCUUUGGAGAAAAUGAUAUGAUGAUGGCCACAGUUUUUCAGAACGGGAAUUGUUACGUAUACGAUGUCAGAAACAUGGAAAAUCCUCUAACAGAGAUUCAUACAACCAGGUCACAGGGCUCAGUUCCUCAAAGUGGUGCUUUCAGAAUUUGCAAAUUCAGUGAGGGAAUGGAAGAUCUACUCUUCAUCUCAGAGCACCAACAAAGGGUUCAUGUGAUUGAUACUAGAAACUUCAUGAACCGGCAAGUGAUAAUGGUACCCUACAAGUAUACAGAUUCUGAAUUUGCAGGGGAUGAUUCCGAUUCUUCGCUGAAUUACGAAAAUAGGAAUUGGCACGAGCCUACUAUGAGCGCUGAUAGAAGAAGAAAUUCAGAACCAUUUUCUGACAAUCCAUACAUAACCAUGGCUACGAAAAUCCCAAUUCAACAUUUACAACCUACAAUCUUACCAUACUCCAGUGUUUCUGAUUCAGCACUGACUUCGGAAGAAGAAAGCAAUGACCAAGGGUAUCCCGACGAUGAUGAAUUUGAUAAUGACACAGAAACAUAUCCAUCGAGAGAUACAGUCAGUCAAGAAGGUGGUCAAGUUAGACGCAGAAACUCAAACUUCACCGUCAGAAGAUAUUCCACUUCAAGUAGGGUUCUAACUGAAGUAAAUGAGGAACCAGUUGUGAACAUAGACCCGACGAUUAUGGGUGCAGAAGCUCCACACUACGAGGAUACAACAUUUGCAACGUUUCCACCAACUUUACAAACGCUAAGGCAAACUUACAGUGAAAACGUAGACGCAAGCAUACCAGUAAUGAGACCAUUCCAAAUGCCAUCACGUCUGUUGAGAAGAAGACCGAGAAAUUACACUCCAGGGAGGAAUCCACGAGAUUUAAUGACUGAGCGCGAAGAAUGCAAUAUCUCAGGGAUAGAGUGGUUACGCGACCGAGAAGGUAGCUCACUUGUCAUAGGAACAGAUUAUGGAAUCAUUAAGUGGAAUAUCAACUACUGGGCCAGAAGAAGUUUUCCCAGUUAUGAUUUUUGUUGA